AGCUCGGCCACAAGUCCGGCGGCGAAACCAUCCGUUGGUUGCUCGAGAAGGCCGAGCCGGCAAUCAUCGCCGCCACCGGCACUGGAACCGUCCCCGCCAUUGCCAUGUCAGUCAACGGCACGCUAAAAAUCCCCACCAAAGGAAAAAUAGCGAGCGGAAGUGGAGACAGACAGGAGCAGAUCGGCGCGGCGACGUUGGCCGCGAGAGCAGGGGCGGUGGCCUUGGACUGGUCGCCGGAGUUUGGGCAGAAUGGAGGAGGCCGAUUUGUGGAGGCUCUUUGCGCGGCUGUCGGUGUAGACGGCCGAGAUGGCCGAGGAAGCAGCAGCUCGGCGGCUGCCGGCGGCUCCGUCAGCGUAGAUGGCCGAGAUGGCCGAAGAUACAACAACUCGGCUGUUACCGGCGCCUUUGCCGGCGUUAAUGGCCGAACAACCGAGAAUUUUCAUGAAGGCGAAACCAAGGGACAGAAAGUGGCGUGGGGAAUCGGUCAAAGGGAGGAAAAGGAGUGGGAAUCGGUCAAAGGGAGGCAAGAGGCGCAUGAUUUAGGAUAUCAGGACGGGGGAGAUUAUUGGGCGUGGCACUGAGCGUGAUGGAUUGUAUUAUGUGGAUGAGAUUGCUCAACAAGGCAAGGCGAUGCUGGCUCACGGGACUGCUAACCGGGAAGCUUGGCUUUGGCAUCGUCGGUUAGGGCAUCCAUCCACGGGGUAUCUUAAAAUUUUGUUUCCCGAGUUAGUAAAAAAUGAGUCAUUAUCAUGUGAAACUUGUGUUUUGGCUAAGAGCCACAGACAGUCUUUUAAACCCAAUAAUUCUUGUGUUGACUCUAUUUUUUCCUUAGUACAUUCUGAUGUUUGGGGACCGUCUCCUGUUUCGGGGGGUCAAGGUUUUAAGUAUUUCCUACUUUUUAUUGAUGACUGUACUAGGAUGACGUGGGUAUACUUUCUCAAACAUAAGUCUGAAGUUUUUGAAAAAUUUACCCAUUUUUUUGCCCUGGUUCAAACUCAAUUUCAAAAACAUAUUCAGACCCUUAGAACC